GACAGUGGGGUCCAAUUUAUGCCAUUAGUAGAGCCGACAACACUUGCCGCUCUUUCUCUCUUUUCUCUAAUUUUUCACUUAAACUCACAUAAAAUUUUAUCUCUUUCUAUUUUUAGAAACCUUAACCUUUCUUCUCUCCCUUUUCUUCUUCUAUAUAUUACAUCUCCACUCAUAUUCUUCUCCCUAACUUAUAACCACUUUUAUUUUCUUCAUCUUUAUUUCAUUCUAACUAUUCAUUAAUUAUUAACUCUCUCUUAAUUAUAUUCUUAUUCAUCAUAUUUACUUGCUAAUCUUAUUUAUUUAUAGCAUAUAUAUGGAUUUUGAGCUCAAAACUUCACUUCACCAAAACACUUGUACUUCAUCAUCUAAUGAUCUUCCUCACUUGAUCAACCUCAACCUCGUCCUUGACCAAUCGAUAUCAUCGUCUAUGUCAUCAUCUUUACCCACGAGCCCGGCUAGUGAGGCUAGGGUGUUCUCUUGUACUUAUUGUAAGAGAAAGUUUUAUAGCUCCCAAGCUUUAGGGGGUCAUCAAAAUGCUCAUAAGCUUGAGCGUACUUUAGCCAAGAAGAGUAAGCUACUUAACUCUCAACUUGUUAAUGAUCAUAAGGCUAAUAACUUCGAUUCAAGUCGUAUGGCGGCUAUGGAUACACAUCAACUCCAUGCUUAUGCUCAUAGGCAAUAUAGGGAGCAAAGGUUUGAGUACAAUUUUGGAAGUGCUCAAAUGGUUGAAUAUGGGAGAAGGGACAUUAACUAUGGUUCUACCAAAGAGGAUAUUGAUUUGUCCUUGAGGCUUUAAUUAAGUACUUAUAAUUGAUGUUAUUGUUGUAUAUAAUAAUGAUUAUUAUUUUUUAAUCAUAAUUAUUAAGGUGUAUUUUGAUUUGUACUAUUAUAGAGAUGUAAUGUUUUAGCAUUAUGAUCAUCAAGAUCAUUGUUUUCCAUUAAUUUAAAGAACAAAUAGAAGAAGAUUUGUCACUGCACCCUUGUUUAACUUUUUAUAUACAAUAUUAAAUGUGCACGUUUUGGUUUA